CAGAGCAGGAAGUAGCUGACAGAGGUUUGGUUAGACUUUUCUCUGGGAUAGUUUUGGAUAGCUCCUGGAUACAACACCAUGGAUAACUUCCAGACAGUACUGCGUUUCUUCAUGAACCAAAAAUCCACCAUUGGUUACAGUUUUAUGGCACUCCUAACUAUAGGUGGGGAACGAAUUUUUUCCAUGGUUUCAUUUCAGUGCCCAUGUAACCAUGAGCAGAAUUUCACGUAUGGGAUGACUUUUCUGCUUGGUCCAGCUGCAGUGCUUUUUGUUUUUGGCCUGUUCUUCAGCAGCAGGCUGUGGAGGCUCUACACUGGCUGCUGUCUUAACCCCAUGAAGCUUUGUCCUCGCGGGAAUUGCCUUGGCUGUUUCAGGGUGUUAUUGAGCAUUAUUACUGGUGCUUGUGUGGCCCCUGUUAUGUGGCUGUGCGUGGCCUUGCUCAAUGGGACCUUUUAUGAAUGUGCCAUCAGCGGUCUGGAUGAUAACCUGGUUGUGAAUCUGUUUUGUAAAAACAAGACGUUUCAGUGUCGGGAGCAGCUGGCCCUGGUUCCCUGUGGUAACUCUAAACUCUCCAGUGAUGAACGGAUGAAGCUGCUGAUGAUGUUCAGAGCUCAGUCACAAAUUUUGGGCUGGAGUGUCAUAAUGGUUGCUGCCAUUGUAGGUCUUUUGGGCACUUGCUUCAAAAACUGCCGCUCUCAGGUCAGCUACCUGCAGCUUACGUUCUGGAAGCGUUAUAUUGAGAAAGAGAAGGAGCGCUUUGAUGCCUUCACUGUGGACUAUGCAACAAAGCUGGCUGAGAGAAACCUGCAGAGCUUUUUUGAGAACAAAGAACCUGAUCCCAUGCCAUUUCCAAACCACAAGGCAUGGGAGGAGAUCUCUGCAUACUACACUUUCUCCAGGAGUGAACAGUAUUACAGUACUCUGCAGCGCUACGUAGAGCGGGCAGACAGGGAUUUUGCACCAGAAAAUCGACCCGUUUUGGACAUGGAGCAUGGGAUAGAGAUGAUCUGAACAACAACCCACUGAAGAGAAAAACUAAGGUCUGCUAACAAAAUGGAUAUUAAAGACACUCAUAAAAUUUACUGAUGGUAUUUAACUUUGGCUAAUUAUACUUGAUCAUUUUCCACAACCAGCUACAGUCAACAACAAAUAAACAGUAAGCAUCACUGACUGUGUCUUGCUUGAAUAUCUAAAUGGUCAGUCACAUAACUUUAUAUAUAUAUAUAUACAUUAAGUACCUAAGUUAUUUUAAACAGUUUGAAUUUUUUUACAUUUAAUUUCCACUGUAAUUCUAUAAAAUUUUCUAUGAAGCUUUUUAGAUGGUAAAGUACAAAAUGUGUGAAAUUCAAAUUGAAUUUGAAUGUUAACUUUAAAUUUCACACAUUGUUGUACUUUACAAGUCACUGACUUGGUGCAAUUUGCUGAAGUUACUUAGAAAAAUUUUAAUCUCAUUUGAAUAUUAAACUGAACUUAAUGCACUGAUAACUAGGAUUAACUGGACUUUAUGUGUGACUGAAUUACAUUUUUUUGUAAAGUGCCUUGAGACAUUUGUGAAAUGGCCCAAAAAUCAAUCAUUUAAAUUUCUCUCAGAUCACAACCCAACUUCCUCUAUUAUUAUUAUUAUUAUUAUUAUUAUUAUUAUUAUUAUUAUUAUUAUUAUUAUUAUUAUUAUUAUUAUUAUUAUUAUUAUUAUUAUUAUUAUUAUAGUCAGUUCUGAUUACAGACGCUCUCAGUGAGUGCCAGCUGAAGGAAGCGGGUCAAAGUGGAAAACUAUUUGGACCAACCUCUGCAUCAGAGGAAGGUCUAAGAUUCCCUCUGUUUGCGUAAACUCCAUUUACAUAAAUAAACUGAAUAUAAUUUUAUUUCAGAGUCAAUGUUUAUAUUUUGAGUCGCAAUUAUAUUUUCCAAUUCCAAUAUUUUGGGCCGCAUAUAGUCAUUUGUUUUCAACUUUCUUUUUCUUUUUUUAAAAUAAAUUUUGCUUUGAGUUUAGUGUACCGGCCAGUACUUUCUUAUUACAGUAAUCAGAAAGCCUGUCCUGAUUACUGAUGGGGUGGAUCAGUCCUGGACAGAUGCUGUCUGUCCCUGACCUGAUGUUUUGGUCAGCAUCAGGUCAGGGACAGAUACAGUCCAGGUCAGGACUGAUUCAGACAUGUAGGAAAAAUAGUAACUGCACCUUUCAAUUUGAUCCAAAUAGGCAAAAGGUGGAGUGAUGGGACAACAAAAAUGAUAUAUCUGUAUAUCUGCUGAAUGCAAGUUAAUGAUCUAUAAUGUAAAAGAAAAAAAAUGUUCAUAUGAUUUUCCAUGAAAGAAUUUUCGACAAACUGAUUUUAAGGAUACUGGGUUUGUUGUGUGUUUACAUUAACUUUGUAUUCUGUCUUUCAAAUGAUGUCUAAAUGUUGUAAUUAAAAAUUCAACUCAACUUUC